UGCAGAUUUUGGCAAUUUGUAGCCCGUCAGUUCCAUUCUCUCUCUUUCUCUCAGCCAGUGUUAUGGUGCUUGCUUUAUUUUGGUUUUCUUCUGCAAGCUUAAAGUAAGUUCGGCAGAAGUUUGAGAACAAAUGUGCAAUAAGUCAUCCGUUUCAUGUUGUGAAGAGCCUUCUAACGGAGUUGGGACUUCUCCAAGGAGCAGUAAAAACGAACCCUCCAGUCUCUCGUAUUAUCGAACAGAACGGAAUAGGGAAGCCAGCUUAAUCAACCAAGUGUUUUGCAAACGGUGAAAUUCGAAUAACAAAAUGCGAGUGAAUCUGAACCAAAUUAAUUCUCAAGUCUUUUAAAGAAGCCGCCAGUUGUGAAGCGAGAGAAAUUUACCUUCACGUUUAUUUUUUUUGCCUUUGAACUGUCUUGUUUACUUCUAAUAGCACAGGAACAUGGACGAAGAAAGUCACCGAGAAAAUGGAGUGGAGAGUGGAAAGGACACCGAUCGGCAGCUUCGCUUACGUGUGUGUGUGAUGAAUGAGAUUUUAAAAACAGAGAGAGACUACGUGGGGUCGUUGAAAUUUCUGAAGUCUUCAUUCCUACAUAGAAAUCAUCAGAAUGAUGGAGGAAAGUCAGAAAAACAGAUCACUGAUGAAGAUCUCAAGAUUUUGUUUUCUAAUAUUGAAGAGAUACUUGAUGUCCACAUGAUGUUCCUUGAAGCUCUUGAGUGCCGUUUACAACCAGAACCACAACCUCAACACGAACUUGGAAAUACCUUCCUUCAGUUUAAAGAUCGAUUUUGUGUCUAUCAAGAAUAUUGUAGCAACCACGAAAAGGCUUUGAGACUUUUAAUGGAAUUGAACAAAAUACCUGAAGUGCGGGCUAUGCUUUUGAAUUGCAUGGUAUUGGGAGGAAUGAAGACCACUGAUAUUCCGCUGGAAGGUUAUUUGCUCACUCCAAUACAAAGAAUCUGUAAAUAUCCUCUACUGCUGAAGGAGCUGCUGAAACGGACUCCAAAAAAACACAGCGAUAACAUGGCAGUAGAGAAGGCCUUGCAAGCAAUGAAAGCAGUGUGUACAAAUAUUAAUGAAACAAAGAGGCAGAUGGAGAAACUUGAAGCUUUGGAACACUUGCAGUCAUCAAUUGAAGGAUGGGAGGGUUCAAAUCUGACAGAUAUUUGUACCGAGCUACUGCAGCAAGGUCCGUUGUUGAAAAUCUCAGCUGGAAAUAUUCAAGAACGCGUGUUCUUCUUGUUUGAUAACUUGCUCGUAUACUGCAAAAGGAAGUCCAGGGUUUCGGGUAAAAAAUCAACUAAGCGCACCAAGUCUAUGAAUGGCGCCCAGUAUAUUUUCCGUGGAAGAAUCAGUACGGAGGUGAUGGAAGUGGAGCAUGUUGAAGAUGGGACAGCUGAUUACCACAGCAAUGGCUAUACUGUGACAAAUGGCUGGAAGAUCCACAACACUGCCAAAAACAAAUGGUUUGUUUUAAUGGCCAAAACUGCUGAUGAGAAGCAGAAAUGGCUGGAUGCAAUUCUGAAGGAACGGGAACAGAGAGAGAGUCUGAAAUUGGGCAUGGAGCGUGAUGCGUACGUCAUGAUCUCAGAGAAAGGAGAGAAACUCUACCACAUGAUGAUGAACAAGAAAGCAAAUCUUAUCAAGGACAGGAGGAGAAAGUUGUCUAUAGUCCCUAAGUGCUUUUUUGGCAAUGAAUUUGUUUCCUGGCUGAUGGAAAUAGGCGAGAUCAGUAAAGCCGAAGAAGGAGUGAAUCUGGGUCAAGCCUUGCUUGAGAAUGGCAUUAUUCAUCAUGUUUCAGACAAGCACCAUUUCAAAAAUGAGAUGGUACUCUACAGGUUUCGGUAUGAUGACGGAACCUACAAACCCAGAAGUGAGAUGGAAGAUAUUUUAUCUAAGGGCAUAAGGUUGUACUGUCGAUUACACUGCCUCUUCACGCCAGUGGUAAAAGACCGAGAUCACCAUUUGAAGACAUACAAGUCUGUCGUGCCAGCAAGCAAAUUGAUUGAUUGGCUUCUAGUACAGGGCGACUGCCAGACUAGAGAGGAAGCGGUCACGCUCGGUGUUGGACUGUGUAAUAAUGGCUUCAUGCAUCACGUAUUAGAGAAAAGUGAAUUUAAGGAUGAAUCGCAGUUUUUUCGUUUUUACCCUGAUGAAGAAAUGGAAGGGACCAGCUCCAAAAACAAACAGCUGCGCAAUGACUUCAGAUUGGUUGAAAACAUACUUGUUAAAUCCCUUCUGAUCUUCCCUGAAGAAGAAAACUAUGGGUUUGAAAUUGAGGAGAAAAAUAAGACCAUUGUUGUGAAAUCUGUACAAAGUAGCUCUUCUGCUGAGGUGGCAGGUCUUCAGGUUGGAAGGAAGAUUUACUCCAUUAAUGAAGAUCUGGUUUUCCUACGGCCAUUUGUGGAAGUAGAGACUAUUCUAAAUCAGUUGCAUUGUAGUCGAAGGCCACUGAGGAUGCUGAUUGCAACGAAACCCAAAGAGAUCAUCAAAAUUCCGGACUCUGAAGGACUGAACUUCCAGAUCCGUGGCACUGCUCCUCCAUUUGUUCAUGCAGUUCUGAAAGGCUCUGGGGCUGCAGCAGCUGGCCUUCUCCCUGGCCAGUGUAUUUUGAAAGUAAAUGGUGGUAAUGUUAGUAAAGAGAACUACACUGCAGUACUUGAACACUUUACAACAUGCAGGAAAAAUCUACAGCAUUUGCCGAGAAAAGUAUCUGGAACCUGGAUUUAUAGAACAGUUGAAGAUGUGGAUGAAGAGGCAGCACAGACAAAGGCCGAAACGGAUUGUCUUGACAGUAUUUCUGAUUUAUCACUGCACGAUAAGCUGUUAGAUGUCUCAACUAAUCAAACGAAAAUACUUGAUCACAUUGGCGAGAGCAGACAGGAGGCGGACUUGCAUUUGAGUACUGAUGGGACUACCUCUCAAGUCAGCAUGACUGUGGAUAACGUGCAUCUGGAGCACGGCGUUAUCUAUGAAUACGUCAGCACUGCAGGAAUCAAAUGUCACGUCAAGGAAAAAAUGAUGGAGCCCAAGGGAUGCUUCAAUUUAACUGCAAAGAUUUUAGAAGCUUUAGCGGCAGAUGAUCGUCAGUUUAUAAAAAAUUGCAGAGGAUUGAUAACCUUCCAGAAAUUCUAUGAUCUUUAAGCCUCAGUUCGAAUUCCGCAUCUGUAAAGCAAGCUCGACACUAUUGGCACGCGAAUUGCCAAAUACUCAAGGUACAAAUCUGAAUUGAAAAGCAGAGCAUGGCCUUCCUUCAAGCAAGCUUCAACCAAGUUACACCUGUUAAGAACUGAUUUUUGUCCAACCAAUUGUCAUGUCAAUGUAAUGGAAGUAUCCUGUCCAAAAAGUACUACCUCUCUUGGAAGAUCUUUCAGUAUACGUUUUGGUCGAAAAAAAUCUUUCCUUGGCUUGGAGCAAGAUCAAGGCAUUAUAAAUCCCAUGAACUACACUCGGCACAUCACCACCACCAUGGCAGCACCGCUAUGGAAAUGUUUCAUUGGGGAAGAUGGAGAAACAGGUCAACGACUGGAUCCAGAUGAAUUAUCAAACCAACAAAAUGGAGAGCUGAUUCAAGAAAGUGGAGGCUUGAGCAAUCUAUUGAAGCCGGAAGACAUGGAGACUCAGGACUCUUUCUUCCAACUUUUUAAUAAACUGGAAAUCUCUCUGAAGGAAAUGAAGCAAUAUGUAACGCAGAUAAAUGCUCUGCUGUCCUCAAUAACUGAACCUGCCCCUUCUGAGGCUUCGGAGCACAAUUCAUCAGAGCUUACACUUCCCCCAUCAAUGGAAGAAAAUGAUAUUGACAAAGCUGAACACUGUGGAACAAAGAGAGUCUGCUUUGUGGUGAAGGAAGAGGAGCAGGAUGAUUCUGGACAUGACACAACAAGCUACAGGGAUUCCUAUAGUGAGUGCAAUAGCAACAGAGACUCGGUACUUUCCUAUACCAGUGACCGCAGCAGGAGCUCCUAUCUUGGAAGUGAUGAAAUGGGAUCAGGGGAUGAACUGCCUUGUGACAUGAGAAUUUCUCUUGAUAAACAGGACAAAUUACAUGGCUGUCUCGAGCACCUCUUCAACCAGGUGGAUUCAAUUGAUGCACUCCUCAAGGGGUCAGUUAUGGUCAAGGCUUUUGAAGAGACGAAUGGCAUCAAUACGGAAUACACUGUACAAGAAUUUCAACAGAAAGUUGAUCGGAAUAUAAAAUGUCGAAGUAUAAUCCAAACUAAUGUGCAGGAAGACCCAUGGAACUUGCCUUGUUCAAUCAAUGCCUUGGUGGACAAUGUCCAGGAGUAUGUGGAAGAUGGAAAGAAUCAAUUACUUUUAGCUCUACUUCAUUGCACAGACCUGGACUUGCAAUUACGGCGGGAUGUCCUCUUUUGUCAAAGCCUUGUAGCAGCCAUCUGUAGCUUUUCUGAACAGCUAUUGGCUGCUUUGAAUCACCGAUAUAACAACAAUGGAGAAUAUGAAGAGGAGAGCAAAGAGGCCAGUAAGAAGUGGCUUGAGCAGAUAGCUGUUACUGGUGUCCUUCUCAACUUUCAAUCUUUGCUUUCCCUCACUGUGAAAGAAGAACGCAUCAUGUUGGAAGACACCAAGGUCGCUCUGUCUGAUUUGGACAAUGUAACAUUCCACUUUAGACAUCUGGAACAGGAAUAUCCAGUAGCAAACAGCUCCGUCACUUAUCGGGUGGAUGGUAGCCGGCAAGCGUUGAAAGUUACUUUUUACCUUGAUAGUCACAACUUUGCAGAGUUGCCUUCCAAGUUUCAGAAUGGUGGUAGUUUAAAGCUGCACACAGUACUUUUCUCUCAAGCUCUUGAGGGUCAAUGUUAUCCAGAAAAUAUGGCUGCAGAAGAAUUUCAACAGCAGAUCAAUUCAGCAUCCCUUGAUAAAGUUAAAUAUUAUCAUCGAAAACUCAGGGCUUUCUAUCUUGAAAGGUCGAAUUUGCCUUCUGAUUCUUCUGCUACAGCUGUAAAGAUAAAUAGGUUGCUCCGUCCGCUGAAUGCAUUAGAGGAACUGCAGCGACUCAUGGAAUUGUACAUUAAUCCCAAACAUUCAACAUCCAUGGCAAACUCAAGCAGUAAUCUUUCUGGAAUUGCAGUCUUGCCAAUAUCCUCUGAACUCUGCAACCGGCUUGGAGCCUGUCAGAUUGUUAUGUGCGGCACUGGUAUUCAGAGGAGUACUUUAAGCGUGACCCUGGAACAAGCAGUCAUUUUGGCCCGUAGCCAUGGACUUUUACCUAGAUGCAUCAUGCAGGCCACAGACAUUAUGAGGAAACAGGGUGCAAGAGUUGAGAACUCAGCCAAAAAUUUAAAAGUAAUGGAUCAGAUGCCGCAGUCUGUACCAAGGCUCUACCGUCUUUGUCAACCACCUUCAGAUGGAGACCUAUGAAAGUUGCUUUGUAAUGGCUUCCUGAUUCUUCAAAGAAUUAGAGCUGCUGGGAUAUCGUCAAUUUGUGGUGUCUGUAUUUUGUUGAACUAUGGAAUGUCUACGUAUGCACAGUAAUACAAUGGCAGUGUCAUAAGCUGCACAGGGAGAGUUGUCUCUGUGCAGAGUUCCAUUUAUAUCAAAAUGGUAGUUGACUGUUUGACCCCCUCUGCCUGCUCAUGGAUAUGUGGCUAAGUUAACCAAUAUAACAAUUAUUGAAAAGGACCAUAUUGUUAUGAAUGGUGGCAUGCAUGAGACUUUCAGAUAUUGCUAGCUAACAUCAAUAGCGUGCUAAUGUGUGUAAGCACGUAUUUCCCCCAUCACCCACCACUUCUCUUCCUCCAUCCUCGUGUUGGAAUUCUACCAAUUGCAUAUGCAUCUCAAAUGAGGACAUUUGGUUUUUAGAAUACCAAAAACACCGCAUACAAUUCACUGAAAUAAAAGCAAAAUGUUAUAUAAAUAGGUUGCUGAAUUCGCUAGACUGAGCUCCAGCUACUCUGCUUUUUAACAAGUACCUGAUACAUAAUGUACACAUGUAUACAUCUGAAAUAUUGUCCAUACAGUUAUAUAUUGUGUAGCUGCAGCAAUUAACAUUCUGGUUUACUAGAGUACUGAUGUAUCUUGCUACUGAUUCAUAUUUUAAUCAAACAAUUUAAAACUUUCUUCACUGUAAUAACAUCCCUUGCUUUAAGCCUUUUCAAGGCAGGAGCAUUGAAUAUCUUCAAUCUGGAAUUGCUUAAACUGUGUUCGUUCUUCUGCUGAAUCAAUGCUUUAAUUUUCCAUUUACUUUUCAAAACCAGACAAUAGCAGUACGAGUUAAUUCAAAUGCAACAUGACAGUUAAUCUGUUAGCCUUUCCAUAUAGGAUUGCAACUAAAUUAUAAAACAAAACCUUUCAAAUUUAUGAAACCAUUUCUGUAGUGUGUCACAUAUUUUGCCUGAAAUCUGAAGAAUUCCAAUUGGAAGUUUACAAAUGAUGGCACUGAGCACUGGUAUUUCUGACAUUCUUGUUGAAUGGCGCUUUCUUGUCAUGGCUGAUAGUAGCAUCCAGUUUUACUUUGAACAACAGUGGGAAAAAUCACCAGUAUUAAAUUAUUUCACGUUUUUAUUUAAGCUUUUGGUGACAAAAGAUGAAAAGGUGAAGUUCCUUGAAAGUACAGUAGUGUCUUGUGUUUACAUCCAAGGGCAGAUCUUAAAUGUUUCUCAAAUAGUAUUUGCACAAUUUGUCAGCUGUUGAAUUAUUGAGGGAAGAAUUGGAGUCUUUUUUUUGAGAGGGAAAAAGGCAGACUAUAUGCCAGUACUUGUCAGUUUUUCAUUAGAAUUUGCUGAAUCUUGGGGUAGAAUUACAUGUAUAAAAAGACUAUCUGAUUUGUUCUAAAUGUUUUGUCACACAUGAGUCAAAAGUCAUAAGAAUUUUGGUUUUAGUACUAACUUUUUAAAAUUUCUGUGGUAUAUUUGCACAUUGGAUAUGUGUUGAAGCAGUUGUCUCAGGGCAAAGUUCUGUUUUGAAGCCCUUUUAAUAGUGCCUUAAAAUAUAGAAUAGGCUCCUAAAAGUCAGUCAUUUUUGCUUUGGAAUACAAUUUCGUUCAGUGUUAACGCAGCAAAUAUUUUAUCACACUUAAUCUAUUUUUUUAACCAUGUAAAGUAUCUUCAGUUGCAUUUGUUUUAAAAGUACCUUAACCAUUUUACUGGCUGGUAGAUGCUGAAUUAGUGUAGUUUGCUUGUACAUGUUUGAAAUUGUGAAUUUUGAAAGUUUUUUGCUUUAGAAUCAUGUGACUAGGCGAAGGAAAUAAGAUAACUACGUUUAAUUCUGGCUCAGAGCUAUCAUUUUCUAAUGUUAUUUUAUUUCCAAUCCAUUCAUGUGUUGAGUGUCUAUAAUCUAGAAAAUGGAUCAUUGUUUCACACCAAUUUAUCUUCAUUUUCACUGAAACAGUUCAAGACAGACAGCCUAGUGAGACUGUAUACAUGUCGUAGUGCAAUAGUUCAUUUCUUUUUCUUCCCUGAUCCUCUCGUUCCAUUUUCUUACUUGUUGCUGUGUGUCAAUAGGUGCCAGCAGCCCUUUCGCCUGAUGCAAGUGGUUAUUCCUUGGGUGUGAACUUAAUGGGGAUUGCUGCCAGACUAUUUUACCUUGGGGCCAUUAAAAUUCCUGUUCUCAUGCAUAAUUUCCACCUGGGCUACUGGACAGCAAUCAUUCUUUCCCUUUGGUGCUGAGUUACAUAAAGCCUUUGAUAGAUUUGGGUUGGACUUUAUACUGUACAUUUUGGAAUUUUUCUACACAUCAGUUAAGAAAUAAUGAGCAUUGUAGCUCGGAUGCUUAAUUUGUGUUUUUUCUCAUUACAUAUUUUUUUCCUUUGUUUACUGUUUACCCAGAUUAAAAUUCCAAAUUUGUUAAGGGAAGACUUGAAAUUAGACAAUUUAAAAUCUCCUCUUGGUACAGAUAGAUAUUUUGGCAGUCUUGCAUGCAUUAAAGCUGUGUCUGUAACUCUGAAUUGACAAUUUGCAUGUAUUCAGCAGAAAAAGAAUCAUCUAGUGAAUUUGGAUCCCAAGUGGUAAUCCACUGAAUAAAUAAAAUGUCUCUUAAAUAGAAAAAUAAUGCAUUUUAGUUGCACACCCAAUUUUAAAAUGCUCACUAUGGCUCAGAAGGUGGUGUAGUUAUUCUGAGUCUCAUUUAAUCCUUGUUUACCAGGAUGCUGCAAUUGUGUUAAGCGUUCAGGAUCAUUAAUACAAGUCUGUUUCACUUGUAGUCUUGAGUCUAAAUAGACUGCACCUCUUAUGUGGAAGUUGUCAAUUCACAGACUCAUAAAACUAAGACAAUCAUUUUGCUUGACUUAGAUGGAUAGUGCAAAGCCCUUAACAGUUACUGUCAUUACCAGUGCAAUACUUUUUAUCAAGUGCCGCAAGGAAGAAGUGCACUUUCAUGCAGUGACUUAAUAAAAUUUGACACAAAGCCAUUGUUGUGUAUAACGCUAGUAACCAUUGUUUUGCUAAUGUAAAUAAAUUAGGUUUAUGAUGUAGUUUUUCUUUAAUUUUCCAUUGUACAGAAAGUUUGAUUAAUGUUAUUUUAUUGAAAUUGUAGAUUUAACCUGAUAGGCAAUAAAUUUUUAUUUACGUUU